UUAAAUAAGCCUGAAAGGCCCAUAUUUAGAACCGACCCAAUAACGAAUCUCCAGUCGAAUGUUUCUUUAUUACCAACGUCCCGUCCCGUAUCGUACUGGAUUUACAAAGCCUCGGUUUCGUUCAGCGGGUUACCUUAUCGUCACAAGACGAAGGAAGGAAAUCAGUAUAACACGCAAAAUCGCUGUGAAAAGCCUUGCGACCAAAUUUUCCGAUUUUCUCUGAGAAAUCCAGUAAACCCAUAUCAUGAUAAUGAUUCUAGCUUCUUCACUCUUCUCUUCCUACUUCUUCUUCUUCUUCUAGGAUUCCUCCUCUGCAGCUGUUCAGCAAUGCCAGUGGCCUACACAUUUCCAGUUCUCCCUUCUUCUUCUCUGCUUUCCAGAAUCUCUAAUCGCAGCACCAGCAUCAUCGUAGAUCGCCCGGCGGUUCAGAUCUCAGGGUUUCUCCUCGUGCGUUCCGAGUUCGGAAAUAUCGACGGCCUUAGCUGCUCUUUCCGGCGGUUUCAGCGGGGAGGGCGGAGGAGGUUGAAUGCUGCUGGUGGUGGUACCCAUAUCGUCGAUAAUGCGCCGUCUCGUACUUCUUCCCUCGCUGCCUCUAGCUCUACAAUCGAAAUCCCGGUUACGUGUUAUCAGCUUAUCGGAGUUUCUGAUCAAGCUGAGAAAGACGAGGUCGUUAAGUCGGUGAUAAAUUUGAAAAAAGCUGAUGCUGAAGAGGGCUAUACAAUGGAAGCUGCUACAGCUCGCCAGGAUCUUCUCAUGGAUGUUAGAGAUAAACUUCUGUUUGAACCAGAAUAUGCUGGUAACAUCAAAGAAAAAAUUGCUCCUAGAUCUCCUCUCAGAAUCCCAUGGGCAUGGUUGCCUGGUGCUCUAUGCCUUCUUCAAGAGGUUGGAGAAGAAAAACUCGUGCUGGAUAUUGGUCGUGCUGCUCUCAGACACCUUGAUUCAAAGUCAUAUAUUCAUGAUAUAUUUUUAUCUAUGGCACUUGCUGAGUGUGCAAUCGCCAAGGCUGCUUUCGAGGCUAAUAAGGUCUCUCGAGGAUUUGAAGCUCUUGCUCGUGCCCAAAGUUUUCUGAAGAGUAAAGUUACUCUUGCGAAACUUGCAUUGUUAACCCAGAUUGAAGAGUCCUUAGAGGAGCUCGCACCACCAUGCACAUUGGAUCUACUGGGCCUGCCUUGCUUGCCAGAAAACGCAGAGAGGAGACGAGGUGCAAUUGCAGCGCUACGUGAACUGCUCAGACAGGGCCUUGAUGUUGAAGCUUCGUGUCAAAUUCAAGACUGGCCAUGCUUUCUGAACCAGGCAAUUAGCAGGCUGUUGGCCACAGAAAUUGUUGAUCUUCUUCCAUGGGAUAACUUGGCCAUGACACGGAAAAAUAAAAAGUCACUUGAAUCCCACAAUCAAAGAGGGGUUAUUGAUUUUAAUUGCUUCUACAUGGUGCUCGUUGCUCAUAUCGCUGUUGGAUUCUCGGGCAAGCAAAAUGAUAUGAUUAAUAAAGCAAAAACUAUAUGCGAGUGUCUCAUAGCAUCAGAUGGUGUUGAUCUGAAAUUUGAGGAAGCCUUUUGCUCAUUUCUUCUAAAACAGGGUUCCGAGGCGGAGGCUAUUGAAAAACUCAAGCAGCUGGAAUCAAAUUCAGACUCUUCCGUUCGUAACUCAAUCCUGGGGAAAGAGUCGAGAAGUACUUCUGCUACUCCAUCAUUGGAAGCGUGGCUAACGGAGUCUGUGUUUGCUAACUUUCCAGACACAAGGGGUUGUUCUCCAUCUUUGACAAACUUUUUUCGGGCUGAGAAGAAAUAUCCAGAGAACAAGAAAAUGGGGUCAUCGCCAAUAAUCAAUCACAAGACGAACCAAAGACCACUUUCCACCAUGCAGUUCGCGAACUCGUCACAACAUCUUUGUACAGCUGUCGAGCAGUUGGCAGCAACAGAUUUGCAGAGCCCAGUGGCAUCGGCAAAGAAUAUUGAUGAAAGCGGUGCCAGCAGGCCAUCGGUUCAACUGAAAAGGAACCUUGGUUUACCACAAAAUAAAAUAUGGAAUGGUUGGCUAUCUCAGAGCAAUUUGAUCAAAAGGGUAUCUGUUGUUGCAUUAUUAGGCUGCACCGUGUUCUACUCCCUAAAGCUAGCAGGCAUUAAGUCUGGUAGAUUACAGAGCAUGUCUAGAUGGGUUUCUGCAAAACCGCACUCAGAAUCAGAUUCUGGGAUCGUCAGAAGGAACCUUGCUUCUGUGGAUAGAAAUGGUGUCGUGGGCAACAUCAAAACACUCUUGGACAUGCUUAAGAUGCAUCAUGGGGAACAUCCGGAUGCUUUGUAUCUGAAAAGCUCUGGUCUAUCAGCUACAUCGUCUCAUCCCACGUCAGAAGUGCACAAGAGACCAAUGCUUACAGAAGAUGCCGAAGAGCUUGUGAGACAGUGGGAAAAUAUUAAGGCUGAAGCACUUGGACCUACACAUCAAGUUUAUAGCCUUCCUGAAGUCCUUGACGAAUCCAUGCUUGUCCAGUGGCAAACGUUGGCACAAACAGCAAAAGCUAAAUCGUGUUAUUGGAGAUUCGUGUUGCUUCAUCUUGAGAUUUUGCAAGCACACGUAUUUUCGGAUGGCGAGGUUGCAGAAAUCGAGGCCCUUCUAGAGGAAGCAGCGGAAUUAGUUGACGAGUCUCAGCCCAAAAACGCAAAAUAUUACAGCACUUACAAGAUCCGAUAUACUCUGAAGAAGCAAGAGGAUGGAUCAUUAGCGGGUACCACCGCCAAAAUUGGUAUACAAUAUACAUCGGUAACGGUUCCGGUUAGCAACGAAAAAGAUAGAAGAAGAGAUAGGGAGAGAUUGAUAGAGAGGGAAAGGAACACGAUGUUUCCUUGGAACUUUGCUAAAUCGGCGGAGGCAGCUUUCUCUAGGUGGGCGGUGAAGAGAGUCGUCAAGUUUUUGUUGAAGAAGAAAUUGGGUAAACUCAUACUUGGUGAUAUUGACCUUGAUCAGCUCGAUAUUCAGCUCAGGGAUGGCACAAUUCAGCUCUCCGAUCUUGCUAUCAACGUUGACUAUUUGAAUGACAAGUUUGAUGCUCCGCUGCUCAUAAAGGAAGGUUCGAUAGGAUCUUUGUUAGUUAAAAUGCCAUGGAAGACCACUGGUUGUCAAGUUGAGGUGGACGAGCUUGAGCUCGUUCUUGCACCACGGUUGGAGAGUAGUGCAUCAUCUUCAAAUGAAGCCAGCACCUCCUUUUCUAACCGAGAUGAUUCACGUAAUACUCGUCCUGGACUAGGAAAGCAUGAGAAUGAGAUGUUGGUGAACGCUGCUAAAUCUGCGUCUAUCGAUGUCCAUGAAGGUGUUAAGACGGUUGCGAAGAUAGUGAAAUGGUUUCUUACAAGUUUCCAUGUCAAAAUUAAGAAUCUGAUAAUAGCAUUUGACCCUGAUUUUGGCAAAGAACGGAACGAAGCUGGUCCACGACCAACAUUGGUACUUAGAAUGACAGAGAUAGAGUGUGGAAUUUCAGAGGACCGAGUUUUGGCUAAUGAAGUUUCCCCUGAUAGUUUCCUCGGUAUUAAUCGACUUGCAAACUGUGUGAAGUUUCAAGGAGCAGUUGUAGAGAUUUUAAAUAUAGAUGAUGAUGAUGAUGAUGAUGGCGAAAACAAUUGUGGUAAAAAAGGAUCAGAUGAUGUGACUUUGAUCAUGACAGGCGAAGGAGGUGGCUUUUCAGGAAGUGUGAAUUUAAGUAUACCUUGGAGGAAUGGUUCCUUAGACAUUCGCAAGGUGGAUGCUGAUGUUUCUAUUGAUCCUGUUGAAUUACGAUUGCAACCGUCUACAAUUAGAUGGUUUUUACAAUUGUGGAAGACUUUCACGAGUUUCGGAUCAGACUGUUGUCCCUCAGUUUCUCAUUCUGAUUUUUCGACGGAUUCACCUGCAAUACCUACUAAUGUAGUGGUAACGCCUCCAGCUACAUUAUCCUCGCCAGGUGGCCAAGAUGUGGAGCCUGACAUUACACCUGGGUUACAGUUUAUAUCAGAUUGGUUUCCGUCUUCUUUCAGCAAGAAAGAAGAGGAUGGAGAAGUAGAUAUCGGUGCAAGUGUGGACCAGUUUUUUGAAUGUUUUGAUGCAAUGAGGAGUUACCAAUCAGCUUUUGGAAGCCAAGGAAUGUGGAAUUGGACAUCUUCCGUCUUCACAGCAAUCAAUGCUGCAUCUAGCCUUGCUUCUGGGUCUUUGCUUCUUCCGUCUGAACAGCAACACGUUGAAACAAGUUGUAAAGUAUUCUUUGCUGGAGUUUCCGUGGUACUAUUUUUCCAAGAUGAAGACAAUUGGAAGGAUGUUUCCACGGGGAUUCACUACUUGGGUGCAGAACUCAGAGAUAUAUCCGUCUCUUUUCAGGUAUGCCCUCAGAAUAUGAGGUUAGAAGGAGAAGUGAACAGCAUGGAGAUCGCUGAUUAUUGUCAAGCAGAAAAUGUUGUUGACACCACCAAUGCUGAAUAUCAGAGUAAUUUGGUUAAAGAUUUACAAGCCAAAGUUCAGGCUACUCUUCCUCCCUUUGCCUCGUCUGAUAUGAAUGCUAACUCCGAGAGCUUAAGCAAGAUAGUUUCUGAUGGCUUCCUAUUUAGUAACAAGGGUUUGGCAGUCAAGACAUUGUUAAUUGUAGCUGCAGGGGGCAGUGGAUUUCAGUUUAUUGUCAAUCUCCAAUCAUCCAAAGCCAGCUCUAGAGGAACAAACUCAUUCUCGUUGAGUUUACCACCUACCACGUUCUGGUUGAACCUUCAUUCAGUAGAUAUGUUGGUAAAUCUUUUCAACGAUGUGUCAGAAUCUAUCCCCAUAACCAGUCAUGGAAGGAAUCAUGUGGCAUCCUCUUCUAAAUCAGAAAGAUUGCGAGGUAGUGUGUCAAUCUGGAAUGCUAGAGCUAUUCUGUGCUUCCCUUUUGAGAGCAUUUCAGAAAGGUUAUGUAACUCGCUCGGUGAACAAUUUAUUGUUGUCGACUUAGCUUCCCCUCUGCCUUCUGACACGGUUAGGCGUAAGGAAGCAAUUCCAGGAGAAAUGUACUUUACAUCGGCUACACGCUCCAUAUGCUUAAGUGUUGGUGAUGCUGGCAUCUAUUUGGUCACUUCUGACAUGAAAGAUUCUGAAACAAAUUCAUGUGGUAUGCAGGGUGAAUUCUCUGCAUAUAAUAUAUUACUUGCAAAGAAUGAAAGUAGUCACCAACUUUCAACCGUUGGUAUGUUUUGGCAAGAUAAACCUAUCGUUAGCCCUUGGUUAGUGGAGAGAGCUAAGAUGUUGGCUACGCAGGAAGAAUCUAUUCAGAGAGAUAAAUCUGGGAGGAACGGCCUUGAGUUUGCUGCUGUUGCUACUGCCAAAGAUCAAGAAGACAUCUACUCUCAAACCAGGAAAGAGAUAAUUUUGGCUUCUUCGUUCUGCCUCUAUGUUCAUUUGCUUCCACUUACUAUCCGUUUAGAUAGUUGGCAAUACAUCAAGUUAUGUAAUCUCGUAGACCAGGCAAAAAUUUGGCUAUCACGUAUGGCAGCCAAUACAACUGAGAAAACAGAGGAAUCUACAGCUGAGAAAACAGAGGAAUCUGUUGCGUGUCAAACGUCUCUGGUUGUGGAAUGUGAUUCUAUUGACAUUUUGGUUAGGCCAGAACCUCGAAUGGGCAUAAAAAAUCAGCUUCAGAUUGAGCUUCCUGGAUCAUGGACUCAGUUAAACCUGAGGGUUCAGAAACUUAAUUUUAUGUCAGUGUCCAAUCUUGGCAGUAUGUCCGGUGCUGGUUUCUUUUGGUUAGCCCAUGGGGAAGGUACAUUAUUGGGUUCUGUUACAGGUCUACCUGACCAGGAGUUGCUACUGGUCUCAUGUAGCAACUCUGCGAUCAAGCGCGGUAAUGGAGGAGGUUCAAAUGCAUUGUCAUCAAGGUUGGCUGGCUUAGACAUUCUGCACUUACAGGAACCUGGGAUCUCUUACGGUUAUUUAGCAAUAUCUGUCAGAGGCUGUACGAUUUCUGCCGUAGGAGGACGCCUGGAUUGGAUAGAUGUGGCUUUUUCUUUUUUCACUUUUGAAGUUGAAAAAAACCCUCAAGAAAGAAACUCCAGCUCAUCUGGUGGCUCCUCGUUUACUCUUAAUUUGGUUGAUGUUGGUCUAAGCUAUGAACCCCACCAUGAGAACACAGAUUAUUUAAAUCAAUCAAAUGAUCCGUGGGUAGCCUGUCUGGUAGCGGCGUCUUCUUUUAGCCUUUCGAAGACAAGUCUGGUUGAUUCCAUAAGAAAUGAUUACAGAAUCAGGAUUCAAGAUCUUGGGCUUCUUCUGUCCGUGGAUUUGGACCUUAGCAGAUUUGAUGGAACGUACAGUUCAGCGCAUCUUCAUGAGAAUGGCUAUGUUAAAGUUGCUAAUGAAGCGCUUAUUGAAGCAACUCUAAGGACUAGCUCUGAAAGUGGGCUUCUCUGGGAGUUAGAGUGUUCAAAAUCUCACUUAUUAAUUGAAACUUGCAGUGACACGACUUCUGGUUUGAUUCGCUUGGCCACGCAGCUCCAACAGUUACUUGCUCCUGAUUUGGAGGAAUCAGCUGUGCACUUGCAGACUCGAUGGGACAACAUUCAGCAGGCGAAUGCUAGGAAUGAUUUUGAUAUCAACGAUAGACUCAGCAGCUCUGAUUCAAGUGGGGAGAUGAAAAAUUUAAGAUUAGAUUCAGAAACUGAAGCUGGGAUCAUCGGUCUGAUGGAUGAAAUAAAUGAAGAUGCUUUCCGAUUUGAUGUCAAUCCUAGUAGCCAGUCUUACUCUUUGGAAUGCCAGAAUAACUAUAUAUCAUCUCAUGGGCAGGCACGUAACCGGAUAUCUGCUACUCCUGAGAAGCUACCUUCUAAUCAGUUUAUGUGUGGGUCAUCAUCUAAAAUAAAACCAGAAAGCAGUCAAAUAUUCCUAGAAAGAGAUGGACUACCUGAAAUAAUUGAAGACUAUUGUUUGUCUGAGUUCCCUCCAUUGUCAGAGGUACCUCAAGAAGGGGACUCAUCAGGGAGACAAUUGUUUCUUGAGACUGAUUUGAGGAGAGGAAAUUCUGGGUGGUAUGACGACAUGUCCUUAAGAAUUUUAGAAGACCAUGUGUCAGAAGCAACUGAGGAAGAUCACGAGGAACGUAUUCUAGAUGGAGAAUUUUCAACUUUUGGCCUGACGUCGUACUCUGCUGUAACAGCUAAUGGGCGUAUACUUGUGAAGAACAUCGACCUCAAAUGGAGAAUAUACUCUGGCUCUGAUUGGCAUGAUUCUAAAAAGAAAGUUGAAAUUUCUAAAAGUAUGACGGGCCGGGAUACAACUUCUUGCCUUGAGCUGGAGUUAUCUGGGGUGCAAUUCCAAUAUGAAAUCUUCCCAAUUGGCGGAAUAUGUACCUCUAAACUAUCUCUCAUGGUCCAAGACUUUUAUCUGUACGAUAGAAGCAAAGCGGCACCUUGGACAUUGGUCCUUGGAUAUUACAACUCAAAAGAUCACCCAAGAGAUUCCUCUUCAAACGCAUUCAAGUUGGAACUAAAAGCUGUCAGACCUGAUCCUGAGACACCACUUGAGGAAAACCGGUUACGUGUUGCUUUACUCCCUAUACUGUUGCAUCUUCAUCAAAGUCAACUGGAUUUUCUCAUCAGUUUCUUUGGAGCUAACAACCUAGAAAAGCCUUUAGUUUCCGGAGACUCUGGUGGUUCAACGUUGUCAGUUUCUGUUAAGGGACAAAAUAUCAUAGAAGAAGCGCUUCUUCCAUAUUUUCAGAAAUUCGACAUAUGGCCUGUUAGUGUACGAGUUGAUUACAGUCCCCAUCAUGUUGAUCUAGCAGCACUAACGGGAGGGAAAUAUGCAGAGCUAGUGAACCUUGUUCCCUGGAAGGGUAUUGAACUACAGCUCAAACACGUGCAUGCUGCUGGAAUCUACGGCUGGGGAAAUGUAUGCGAGACUAUACUGGGAGAAUGGUUGGAAGAUAUAUCUCAGAAUCAGAUUCAUCAACUGUUGAAGGGUAUCCCAACAGUAAGAUCACUUUCUGCUCUUUAUGCUGCUACUGCGAAGCUGGUCUCUUCACCUGUUGAAAGUUACAGGAAAGAUCGAAGGCUAGUAAAGGGAGUCCAAAGAGGUACUAUCGCGUUUCUCAGAAGCAUUUCACUGGAAGCUGUUGGACUUGGUGUUCACUUGGCAGCCGGGGCUCAUGAUAUUUUGUUGAGAGCCGAAUAUAUAUUUGCAAGUGCACCAACAUUGCCACAGCCCCAAGGCAGAACGAAAACGAAUGUUAGACAUAAUCAGCCUAGAAACGCUAAGCAAGGCAUGCGUCAGGCAUGCGAGAGCAUCGGUGAUGGAAUAGGAAAGACGGCUUCUGCAUUAGUCCGCACGCCUUUGAAGAAGUAUCAACGUGGAGACGGAGCUGGAUCUGCAUUUGCAACAGCUGUACAGGGAGUUCCAACAGCUGCUAUAGCACCUGCUUCUGCUUGUGCUAGGGCUGUACAUAGUGCUCUUGUUGGCAUCAGAAAUAGUCUUGAUCCUGAACAUAAAAAGGAAUCCAUGGAAAAAUUUUCCUCCAAUGAUGUCAAGGUCCCUUUUACAUAUAGCAUAACCAUUCUUUUGCCCUUCGAAAAGCCGGAGAAAUGGCAUAAUUUUGGUAUAGAA